AUGAGUCAAGGUGUUCAAUAUGAUUCGGAUGAUAGGCAUGUUCUUAUCAAAUUACCAUCCGGAACAAGAACAUUCACCGUUCCUUCAAGUGUUCAACGAAUUCAAGCAGGCAAAACUGGAAAUUCAGCAUUUUUACUAUGCAAGUCAACAAUUCAAUCUGUAUACUUCGAACAGAACUCACAACUCACAGAUUUACAAUCUUUUUGUUUCUCAGAAACUUCGGUUGAAACAGUUGACUUCAGUCACUGCAACAAUCUCAUAAUAUUUACAGAAUCUUUAUUUUCAAACUGUUUAUCUCUUCAAUCCAUAAUAUUUCCUCCAAACUUAGAACAAAUCGGAAAAGAUUGUUUUUCAAGUUCAUCAAUUACCUCUCUUGAUAUUCCAAACAGUGUCACAAUCAUCAAUGAUUUUCAAGACUGCAAAUCAUUAACAUCAAUUUCAAUAACUUCGAACUCAAAUCUUCAAACAAUUGGAAUUAUAACUAACAUAUCAAUUUCACAAUUUUAUAUUCCAAAAUUUGUCAGAUCUAUCAAAUACUUUCCAUAUUGUCCAAUAACAUUGUUUACCGUUCAUCAAGAAAAUCCUAAUUUUGAUACAGAUGGAACUGCAAUAUAUAGCAAAGAUUUCACAAUUAUGUAUUGUAUAUCAUCAAAUAUAGCUUCCAGUUACACUGUUAGAAAUUCUGUUACCAGUAUUGAACCAUAUUGUUUUUCGAAGAGUAAUAUUGCUACGUUAUCAUUUCCUCAGCAUCCAAUAGAAAUAUCUAGAUAUGCUAUUUGGGGAUCCCGCAUUACAAAUAUAAUUUUUAACAAUGAAAUGAAUUUGAAAGAGACUCCAAUACAGCUUGCAACGUGGAGUAGAUUAUUAACUAGCGUAACUCUGCCAGAUACAUUAAUAGUAAUAGGAAUUUCAUCAUUUGCAAAUUGUGCCAGUCUUAGGAAUAUCAAUAUUCCGAAAUCUCUUGAGAGAAUUAAUGCGACAGCUUUUUUUGGAUGCACAGGAUUGCGAGAGAUAACUAUUCCAAUAAAAUGUGAACUCACACAAGGAUGUUUCAGUUUAUGUUCAAAAAGUUUGAAUAUUGAUUUUGAGAACACAACGAAGUAUCAUUUUGUUGAUGGUAUUUUAUAUAUGGAUGAUACGAUGAUUGAUUACAUCAAAGAUGAUAUCAACAACAACAUCACAAUUCCAUCAUAUUGCACAAUUAUUUCAUAUUCAUUCUUUCGAAACAAAAAAGUCAAUUCGAUUAAAUUUGAUCCAAACAUUCAAACAAUGGUAUUUGGAACUCAAGCUUUUACAGGAUCAACUUUGAAAUCUAUUUCAUUUCCAAGUUGUCUUUCAUCAAUAAGUCCAUCUGCAUUUAGUGGUUGUAAACAACUUUCUGAAGUUAUAAUUGAUGAAACAUUUACUGAGAUUAGCACCAAUUGCUUCAUUAAUUGUAUAAAUCUUGAAAUUGUUAUAUUCAACAAUAAAAAUAUAUUAAUAUUUAAUAAAGGAUGUUUUCAAGGAUGCAGUUCAUUGAAAACACUGGACAUCAGUGAUCUCGCAUUAAACACUAUUAAAAAAGAUAGUUUUAAAGAAUGUGGAAUUGAUAGUCUCCAUUUUAAUAGUUAUAUAACAACGAUCGAGUCAGGAUCAUUUUCGGGUUCUUCACUUCGUGAAGUCAUCCUCGACAACGUUUGUCUGAGCACUAUUCAACCAUACACAUUCUCAGACCUCUCUCAUCUUGAAACAGUCCGAAUUGUUGGCAACACAGUGACUACGCUCGGUUCAUACAGUUUCUCUCACAACCCAUCUCUCACAACAUUCUACUUGGGUCCUAAUGUCAGCACUAUCAACGAGUACGCAUUCAGCUUCUGCACACAUCUUAACAACUUCGUCAUCCCAGAAGGAUCAUCUCUUCACGUUGUCCAAGGCCACUCAUUCGAAGGCUGUGAUUCACUUAUCUCUCUUAAUGUCUUAGACAAGACUAGCCUUGUCUUCCGUUACAACGCUCUUAUGAGUCUUGACUUGAGUCGUCUUAUUGUCUACCUUCCAAUAUCUAAACUUUUCACAUUCGUUGUUCCUAGUCCAGUUGCCUCUAUCGAAGACUACGCAUUCCAAGGUUGCGAACGUCUUCACGAGAUCAUCAUCUCAGACGGUAUCAUCCGCAACAUCGGCUUCAAAGCAUUCGAUGGAUGCAUCAACCUCGAACGUCUUGUCUUCCCAGACACUAUUGUUGAUAUUGGUGAUUUUGCAUUCAAUGGUUGCAUCCAUCUUGUUUGUGGUUCUAUCACCGGUGGUCGUCCAAACAAAGACAGACUUAUCACAUGUGGUAUCAAAUCGAGUGCAUUUGCGACCACAUGUCCAGAAUUCUUUGCAAAUCUGAACCGCGGUACAUGCAAAGUCAACAUAAACACAUUCACUUUCAAAUUCACUCUUCUUUUCCCAUUCUUAUUUAUGUAA